AUGGAUAGGAAGCAGCAGCAGGAGGAAAAGAGCUCUGGGGCUGUCCUCUGGUCCCCUAAUAUAGGGACCAGUAUCUCCGCCCUCUGCUGCUGGGAAAGGGCAGAGCAGGCUGUACCUGCUGCUGAGACUCAGGGCCCACUCCUGAAGACCUUUUAUGACUCUGUGGUGGCCACAGCCAUCUUUUAUGAUGUGGUCUGCUGGGGCGGCAGCAUCUCUGCUGGGGACAGGAAGAGACUGAAAAGGGCUGAUCCGGAGGGCCAGCUCUGUUCUAGGAUGCCCUCUGGACCCAGCGGAGGUGCUCAGCACUCACAUCACUGCUCCAUCAUUAUUCACAGAAACCCACCUGGACCUCCACCCAGCUCUGUGUCCUUAAAGAGUGACCGGUCCAGAAAUCAUCCCAUUAAAUUCAAAGAGCAGCCUGUGUCUGCUGCAGAGAGAGGUCAGAGGUCACAGUCUGCAGGAUCCAGCUGUCUGUCUGUGACGAGUGACCGGUCCAAAGGAAUUAUUCCAGACUUCAGUAAUGAACCUGGACCAAUGAGAGAGCGGAAGAGGAGUGGUGUUUGUGAGGAGGAGCAGCUGCCCUGCUGUCCUUUGUGUCAGGACGUCCUGAAGGAUCCAGUCUCUACCAGCUGUGGACACUGGUUCUGCAGACAGUGCAUCUCUUCAUACUGGGACCACUCUGCUUCAUCAGGAGACUCCUCCUGUCCCCAGUGUGGAGAAAGAUCCAGAAGCAAAGUUCUUUCAGCAGAUGUUGGUCUGCAGGAGGUUUUAGAUGAACAUAAGAUCAGUCUGAGGACGAGAUGUGAACAUGUGACUGAAGCAAGUGAUGAAACAGGAAGUAGAACCCUCCUAAACAGGAUCUACACUGAGCUCUACAUCACAGAGGGACAGAGUGAAGAGAUUCAUACCCAACAUGAGGUGAGGCAGCUGGAGACAGCUUCCAAGAUGGAUGCCCUCCAUGACACUCCAAUCAGGUGCCAGGACAUCUUUAAAGCCUUCCCUGACCAACAGAGACCCAUCAGAGUGGUUCUGACCAAUGGCGUGGCUGGUGUUGGAAAAACCUUCUCAGUGCAGAAGUUCACUCUGGACUGGGCAGAGGGCUUGGAGAACCAACAUGUCAGUGUGGUGGUUCUGCUUUCAUUCAGGGAGCUGAACCUGAUCAGAGAUGAGCAGUACAGUCUUCUGGAGCUGCUCCAUGUUUUCCAUCCAACAUUACAGAAGGUCACAGCAGAGAAGCUGGCUGUCUCUCAGCUUUUGUUCAUCUUUGACGGCCUGGAUGAAAGCAGACUUUCAUUGGAUUUCACCAACAGGAAGCUGCUGUCUGAUGUCACACAGAAGUCAUCAGUCAGCCAGCUGCUGACAAACCUCAUCCAGGGGAAUCUGCUUCCCUCGGCUCUCGUCUGGAUCACUUCCCGACCUGCAGCAGCCAAUCAGAUCCCUCCUACAUGUGUUGACAGGCUAACAGAAGUACGAGGCUUCACUGACGCCCAGAAGGAGGAGUACUUCAGGAGGAGAUUCAGUGAUGAAGAGCUGUCCAGCAGAAUCAUCUCCCACAUGAAGACAUCCAGGAGCCUCCACAUCAUGUGUAGUAUCCCAGUCUUCUGCUGGAUCACUGCUACAGUUCUGGAGCACAUGUUGACUACAGAGCAGAGAGGAGAGCUGCCCAAGACCCUGACUGACAUGUACUCACACUUCCUGCUGAUUCAGACAAAGAGGAAGAAGAACAAGUACCAUGAGGGACAUGAGACGAGUCCACAGGAGCUGACGGAGGCUGACAGGGAAGUUCUUCUGAAGCUGGGGAGGCUGGCGUUUGAACAUCUGGAGAAAGGAAACAUCAUGUUCUACCAAGAAGACCUGGAGCAGUGUGGUCUGGAUGUGACAGAGGCCUCGGUGUACUCAGGAGUUUGUACAGAGAUCUUCAAAAGAGAGUGUGUGAUCUUCCAGAAACCAGUCUACUGCUUUGUUCAUCUGAGCAUUCAGGAGUUUCUGGCUGCAGUCUACAUGUUCCACUGUCACACCAACAGGAAGACAGAGGUGCUGAAGAACUUCCUAAAAUCAAAAUCUUUGACCAAGAUGAUUUCAGGUCUUUUUGAUAACAGAGAUCUCCAAUCACUUAAUGUUUUACUGAGCAGAGUCAUGUAUAAAUCCCUCCAGAGUCAAAAUGGCCACCUGGACCUGUUUGUUCGCUUCCUUCAUGGCCUCUGUCUGGAGUCCAACCAGAGACUCUUAGGAGGUCUGCUGGGUCAGACAAAGAUCAGUCCAGGAACCAUCCAGAGAGUCAUCAACAACCUGAAGAAGAUGAACAGUGAUAAAAUCUCUCCUGAAAGAAGCCUCAACAUCUUCCACUGUCUGAUGGAGAUGAACGACCUCUCAGUACAUCUGGAGAUCCAAGAGUUCCUGACAUCAGAGAACAGAUAUAAGGAACUCUCUGAGAUCCAGUGCUCAGCUCUGGCCUUCAUGCUGCAGAUGUCAGAGGAGGUUCUAGAUGAGUUGGACCUGCAGAAGUACAACACAUCAAAGCGGGGACGACUGAGACUGAUUCCAGCUGUGAGGAACUGCAAAAAGGCUCUACUGAUUGGCUGUGAACUCAAAGACACUCACUGUGAAGUUGUGGCCUCAGCUCUGAAGUCCAACCCCUCCCAUCUGACAGAGCUGGACAUGAGUGGAAACAAGCUGCAGGAUUCAGGUGUGAAGCUUCUGUGUGCUGGACUGGAGAGUCCAAACUGUCGACUGGAGACUCUGAGUUUGAGGAGCUGUGGUUUGUCAGAGAUCAGCUGUGAUUAUCUGGCAGCAGCACUGAAGUCCAACCCCUCCCAUCUGAGAGAGCUGGAUCUGAGUGGAAACAAGCUGCAGGAUGCAGGAGUGAAGCAGCUGUGUGGUUUCCUGGAGAGUCCAGGAUGUGGACUUGAAACUCUGAGAUUGAAGGACUGUGGUUUAUCAGAGAUCAGCUGUUUUUAUCUGGCAGCAGCACUGAAGUCCAACCCCUCCCAUCUGAGAGAGCUGGACCUGAGCUGGAGCAACCUGCAGGAUUCAGGAGUGAAGCAGCUGUGUGAUUUCCUGGAGAGUCCAGGAUGUGGACUUGAAACUCUGAGUUUGAGGAGCUGUGGUUUGUCAGAGAUCAGCUGUGAUUAUCUGGCAGCAGCACUGAAGUCCAACCCCUCCCAUCUGAGAGAGCUGGAUCUGAGUGGAAACAAGCUGCAGGAUUCAGCAGUGAAGCAGCUGUGUGGUUUUCUGGAGAGUCCAGGAUGUGGACUUGGAACUCUGAAAUUGGAGCUCUGUGGUUUGUCAAAGAUCAGCUGUGGUUAUCUGGCAGCAGCGCUGAAGUCCAACCCCUCCCAUUUGAGAAAGUUGGACCUGACCUACAAUAACCUAAAGGAUCCAGAUGUGAAGCAGCUGUCUGAUCUUAAGAAGAGUGCAGACUGCAGACUGGAGACUCUGGAGUGGGAGGAUAAUGACUGGUAA